UGAAACGUGCCAUGUGGCACAGACACACACACACGUAAAGGAUAAAUCCUAAGAGACAAGAGCUCUGCGUGGAAGUAAGAGGAGGGUGAGGAAGUAAGAGAAGAGCAAGAGGGUGAGGGGGGUGGUCGGGGGAGGAAACACUCACACACUCAAGCACAUAGGACUAGAGCGGUGAAAAGGAGAAGAGAAGAGCUGGGAGGCAGGAGGGCUGCUGAACAAAGCAAGGGAAGGAGAGGGGAGUCCAUGGGAGAGUAGCAGCCGUGAAAUGCCUCGACGGGAGCCUGCCAGCUGCUCCUGUGGCCACCUGAAGGUGUUGAGCUCCACCUGAGGAUGGCAGGAGAUUCUCGAGUCCACAUGGACCACGACAUGGAGAUAGGAGUCACACCCACAGCAGUGCAAAAGCUUCCCAAACACAUGCGGGAGGCCCAGAUCUCCACCGAGCACACCCACCUCAUCGCCGACCCAGUCAAGAAGCCCCGGCAACGCUAUGUGCAGAAAGACGGCAAGUGCAACGUUCACCACGGUAACGUGCAGGAGACCUACCGUUACCUUAGCGACCUGUUCACCACCCUGGUAGACCUGCGCUGGCGCUUCAGCCUCUUCAUCUUCACUCUGGUGUACGUGGUCAACUGGCUGUUCUUCGGCCUGCUGUGGUACAUCAUCGCCCUGAUCCGAGGGGACCUGUGGCACAGCGACGAGGAGGGCUGGACCCCUUGCGUUGAGAACCUCAACAGCUUCGUUUCGGCCUUCCUCUUCUCCAUCGAGACGGAGACCACCAUUGGCUAUGGCUACCGCGUCAUCACAGAGAAGUGCCCUGAGGGCAUCAUCCUGCUGCUGAUCCAGGCCAUUCUGGGCUCCAUCGUCAAUGCCAUGAUGGUUGGCUGCAUGUUCGUGAAGAUCUCCCAGCCCAAAAACCGAGCUGAGACGCUCAUGUUCUCCCACAAGGCAGUGAUUUCUGUGCGGGACAACAAGCUGUGUCUCAUGUUCAGAGUCGGGGACCUGCGCAACUCUCACAUCGUGGAGGCCUCCAUCCGGGCCAAGCUGAUCCGCUCACAGCAGACCAAGGAGGGGGAGUUCAUCCCUCUCAACCAGACGGACAUCAACAUCGGCUUCGACACGGGAGACGACCGGCUCUUCCUGGUCUCCCCACUCAUAAUCUCCCACGAGAUCAACGAGAAGAGCCCCUUCUGGGAGCUGUCCCAGGCACAGAUGGAUAAGGAGGAGUUUGAGAUCGUGGUCAUCCUGGAGGGCAUGGUUGAAGCUACGGCCGAAGAGCUACUGCCCCCUUAUCCGGGAAAGCACCGAACAACAGACAGGGAUGUUGGACCAUCGAAGAGGCGCAAAUAUGGGAUGACCUGCCAGGCACGGAGCUCUUAUCUGGACAAAGAGGUGUUGUGGGGCUGGCGUUUCACCCCAGUCCUGUCUCUGGAGAAGGGCUUCUACGAGGUGGACUACAACAGCUUCCACGACAUCUACGAGACCAACACACCGUCGUGCAGCGCUAAAGAGCUAGCCGCUACGCUACGAGAGGGCCAGCUGCUCCCCACGCUCUCUCUGCUGACGCCCGAGCUCCCCAAACCCUACACUCUGGAGCCCAUAUCCACCCACAACCCUCUCUCCAAAGAGGUGGACAAGGGGGAGGAGGGGGAGAAGGGGGAGAUCAACGGCUCAGCUGCAGCUCUGAAAGACCAGCCCGGACUGGACUGACUACUUCAGAUAAGCCAAACCAGAGACAAAGUUACUAAAGACUAUGCUUAAUUUAGUCAAUGGCCAGCUUGAUCCAUUGCAUUGCUUGGAGAUCAAAGAUCCCCCGCCCCAUGCAAUACUUCUCUAGUGUCUAUAGUAUAUAUAGUAUAUAUUUGUUUUGUAGACACAAAUACACCCAGACACACACACACAUACUUACUCCAGAUUGGUCGUAUUGUCUUUAUAUAUUUGAGGCGACCGCAUAUAUUUCCAUUACACUAGUAAUAGCUCAAGUGAUAUACUGUAACCUGGUGUGGAACAGGUAGCCAUGAUGAAUGAAUAUCACAUCUUACAAAUUAACCAAUAACCUAAUUUUAGAGGUUGUUGAUUCUGCUGAUCGCGUAUUGAUUCCAUCUCUUGGCUAAUAUCUCCCCACGUUGCUCCCUGCUGCUCCUAACACAUUGACAGAAUAUGUGCAGACCAGAUCAUUAUCUUCAAUCCCAUCACGCUUUGUUAUUACUCCACUACGGAAACUCUUAAUUGAAGGCAAUAUGUACACAGCCGCGCUUUAACCCUCCUUCAUUCCUGUAGGCAGGAAGUGGAGCUCAGCUCAGUUCAGCUCGUAGCUAUAGAUCAAGUUCUGUCUCUUUGUAUUGGGUACGAUCAUCUCUGUUUCGCAUUUUGUCCAAUCACCCUUGCGUUUCCACUGUCAUGCUUAAUCACAUUACGUGUGAGGAAUAUAUUAGAGCAAAACACAGGGCCCAGAGAGUUCCUCAGUAUUGGAACCAGAGGAACGGGCAGUACCUCAUUUUGAUACUCAUGAUACAUAAGCACAAGUCCUGUGACCCUGAUAUGCCCCCUUUCCUCCAUCCCUGUCCCCCCUCCUGGUGCAUAUUUUAGUGCAUGGUGUUAUGUAUAGGUUUCUGAUGAUACAAGCAGGUUUCUAAUGACGUGUUAUAGUGUUUCUUCCCUGCACUGUGACAUAAUACAAGCUAUUAGUGCUAUUCCUCUUCUUUAACCUUUGGUUAGUUCUCUUUAUAUCAAAAAACAAUAAAACUAUUAUACGAGUACACAAAUGUUGCAGAUGUCCAGAUUCAGUUAUAUUCUACCCAUAGUCCUGGUCUGGACUCAGCUAGCUCCUGUUGUCUCUGCUUGAGAGAGUGUAUGACCCUGUCACUUGUACCGUGUAUCACAUUUUCUACAGUUGUAUUUUGAGGAUGUGUCUGACAGAGCUUGCAUGAUAAUGAACUGUCCCCUCGACAUAGCAAGUUUAAUACACUGCUAAUAAUACAGGGUAUUUUCUAGGCAUGCAAACUGCAAUUAACAUUUUUUACAGAUAUUGACAACCAAUACGUUGAUGAUAGCUAAGAUGACAAAUCUCUUAAACGUUAACCCUUCUCCCCCCUUCUAUAACAUUUAUUUGCAUUUUUCUGGACACUUGUCCCAACAAUGUAUUUUAUUUCACUGUGACAUUGUAGCAUCAUAUUUAUGCCAUUUACAUAAAGAUCAUUUAUCAUUAGAGAAAAAAACUGCUCCCAUAGCUGGAAUGUCAUCUGUUUUCUGUGUGUUCUCAUGGGAAUAAACCUAAUAUGGCCAAAAGCACAUUACAGUAUGUUUCUGUUAGAGAACCAUGUGUGUGUGUUUGCAUGCUUGUGUGCACGUUUAUGUGGGUAUCUGUGUCCGCCUGUCCGUGCACACGUGUGUGUGUGUUUGUUAGUGUGUUAAUUUAGUCCUCUUUAAGUAUGUGUGGUUAGGAGUUAUUCCCCUCACAGAGAGAGAGAGCUACAGUGGCUUGUGAAACUAUUCACUCCCUUGGCAUUUGUCCUAUUUUGUUGCCUUACAA